GUUUACAGUCCUUUUCUUAGCUCACUGGCACUUGGUGUGCGUGGGUUGUUCGGAGAUACAAGAUACAAGAAAGUGUGAUAUAUUAUGAAGCUUUUUAUCAUUCUAUCUGUGGUAGUUGCCCUUGCGGCCGGUGCGCCAGCAGUUGAUCCGGAGAACCAGGGUAAAUCAGUUGAGAAGCGCGGUCUGCAUGACAGCCACUUUUCAUUGGAUCAUCACCAUCAUGUGGAAAAGAAGGUGAUUAUCACCAAGAACGUCCCGGUGCCUUAUCCAGUGGAGGUGGAGAAACACGUCAAGGUACCAGUGCCAUUUCCGGUGCCAGUGGAGAAGAAGGUUCCAGUAGUUGUCGAGAAGACUGUUCCAGUUUACAUCGAGAAGAAGGUCCAUGUUCCAGUUGAUCGUCCAGUUCCAGUUCCCUACAAGGUCCUAGUGAAAGUUCCCGUUGUACAGAAGGAGUACAUCGAAGUCCCCAAGCCAUAUGCCGUUCACGUUGACAGGCCCUACCCAGUCUAUGUGAAAAAGCCUGUCUACGUCGAGAAGCCAGUUGCCGUGUCGGUUAAGAUCAGACAUCACAAGCAUUGAAUUAUGUAGCCGUUGACCUAUGUUCUGUGUUUUUGUUAACAUUCGAUGAGCAUUUGCGAGU